AUGAAGGACUACAAAGUCCUUCGCGACGAGAAGGCCGAGUUCACAGAACCUUGCUUUGACCUCGGCCUCGCGGGCGGACCUCUUCCCGGCAGGCAUUGCAGCGUCCUGCUUUUUGUGCGCCUUGGCGACCUGCUUUUGCCCGACGAGGAGGAGAUCGGGACCUUCUACCGCCACCUCGACCCCAAGACCUCCUCCAAGCGGCACGAGGAGGAGGCGGCCAACGUUUUGAGUUUUUUCGGCGAAUGCGUGAAGGCGGAGUUAAACCGUGGGGGAAGGCAGUGGACGGCUGCGCCUCCUUCCGCCAAAGUCCUCUCCGAACGUCUGGAGAGUCUUGCCGCCCCCAUCCGUGAUGUGAGUUUCCAACGUCCAUGUCGCCUUGUCGCCUGGGCUAUCGUCGUCGAGGCGUCGACUCACCCUUUUCGUCGGUGCCAUAUGCUUCGGAUGUUGAUGCAGAAAUUGCCCGACAUCCUCAAGGAGGAGGUCGCCGGCACGGGGCUCUUGGCGGUCAACGCGUUCGCGUGGUCGUUGGAGCAUCUGGACGACGUGCAUCGCAUCUACGAUCCGCUCACCGUCGAGAACCCGAAGAUGGUCGGCUCGAAGGCGCUCCGACUGGAGCUGCUGCACCAUGCGGAGAAGGCCGCGUCGAACAAAGGGGAGGCGGCGUCGACCGUGGGCCGUGGCGUCGGAACCGGCAUCGCUCUGGGUGGGGAGGAGGAGCACGAGAGGGAGGACGUCGAGGGGGGCGGGGAGCACGACGGUGGCUCGGAAGAAGAGGAGGAGGACGUGGAGCGUGAGGAGGACGACGUGGUUGUCACCGGCGAAGAGGAGGCAGUACAGUUCGCCGGUGAUAAGGUUGCGGAUAAGAGCGGCGGCAGCGGACCCAAGUUGGGCAAGAAGGCCCGGGGCAGCAGUGGCUCGACCCCGACUAGGAUGGCGUCAAAGGCGGCUAUCGAGCGUCUGAAGGCGGCAGAGAGGGAGAUCAAGAAGCUGAGGGAGGAGAAGCUGGUGGCGGAAAAGAGGCUGGAGUUCCAGACGGCCCGGAAUGACACGAUGUACAGCGUUGUCACCUCGGCCGUGAACAAGCUCACUACAGUCGCUGAGGGCGUGACCCAUCUCGAGCAGACGUCGGGGAGGAGCAUCCAAACGGCGGUGGACGCUAUGAGGGCGGUCGCCCUGCACUUGACGGCUACUGCUGCACAGGGUAGGCGACGGGAGGACGACCUUCUGCUGCUUCGAGGUGUGGCAGAUGCUCUUGGCCAGAAGAUCAAAACAGUCAUGUCUGCCGAGGUGAAGGCCGCCAUGGAGGGCGAGGCGCAGCGGAUCGCCGCUGCUGUGACUGCGAAGGUCGUCCAAGAGCUUAGGGACGACCUGGUGAAGGCGGUCACCUCCGCGACCCAACAGGGCAUUGGCACCGCCGGGUUUAGCCUCCUCCCAACUGCUCUCGCGUCGGUGAUGAACGGCGGCCGCGCAACCGCCGAGGAGAGUGGGCCGGCCCCAAGGCAGUCGGGGAAAAGGGUCGCCGACGAAAAAUCCCUGACCGGCGACCAGACCAGCGGCGCUAAGCAAAGCAGAGGACCUGCGGUGAAACGCGGUGUGGGCGUGGAUCCUCAUGCCCUUCCGUAUGCGGUCGAGGCUCUAGUCACUCAAAAGCCAUCGUUCGACGAGUAUCUGAAAUGGCUCGAGGAUCAGGGUCAGAAAACCCCGGUAAUUCUUCCGACUCACAACAACCAGGCGGUCGACCAAGGAGCAGAGGCAGCGAACGUCGCGGCGGCGACUGCAGGGCCGAGUGGCUCAACGGUGGAGGCGGCUGUGUGGAGAGUGGCAGAAGAGGCCGCCGGGGUGGACGAAGAGAUCCUCGCCAGCAUCGUGAUGCCGGACCCGGAAAUCGAGGUCAUGCUGGAAAAACUACAAGCAGCAGCUCCCACCGUGGGAGCGCAACAGGGUGCACCAGCCGCCUCGACUGCUCCUGCGGAGGACCAUAGCGCGGCUGGCGCCAAAUCCCCCCUGGCCACAACCGGCGUCCGCGUUGACCCUUCAAAUGGGCUGGCCGUCUCGGAGAUGAAGUUUGGGAAGAAGAGUCGUUACAUCUGCCGGUCGAUGGACAAGUCCGAGGCCGCCUACUGCAUCGCUGUCGCCGUUUCGUCGUUCGACGGCUUCGUCAGCGACGUGGUUCUCGACGAGAUAACCGGAGCCGACCGCGCAGCUCUCAUGUUGGCUCUUCGCCCGGCGGUGUGGUUCGGCGACCUUCCGAAGUCGACCGAGCUCGAGAAGGCCGCGAAGAACAAGGUGGCGAGCGACAUGAUCGCACGCAUUUUGAUGUGUGCCGCCUUCGCACCGGUGGCCGCGAAAGUGACGCCCAUUCCGGGCGUCGGGUCGGAGCGGUUGUCCGAGAUCCUCGCCGGUACUGCGGCCGCAGUGUGGUGUUUUUCAGAGACCAAUGUCAUGGCGAAAGUAGUGGCCGGCGAAGGGGGGGCGGCAGCGACCGUGCGCGGAGCGUCCAACGAGUUCGCGAGUCGGUGUCGGACCGUCAUCGAGGCGGUGCUUCAGCGGGCGGCCUCCCGGGUGGUCGUCAUAGAGGAGGUCGCCGAAACAGUGACGAAGGACCUGCAGGCGGCUGUGGUGAGGUCGCUGCCUGAGGUCAGAGAGGAGCGCGAGCACGACGAGCUGAUCGCCCGUGUCAUGAUAGAGAACCUCGCCUUCUGGGGGGACUACAAUGUCGGAGGCCCGAAGCUCAAGGCUCGCGGCGUCGAUUUGACUAUCAACCCCCAGAUGAAGAGUAUCAUUCGGGAUAGGGGGGCGAGGGGGCAGCAGCACAAAGGGAAGCAGGUCGCUGACGCCUAG